GCUUUAAAAUCGUCUUGUUUACUAUGUGUAUAUCGGCAACGGUACGCCAUGGAAUGUCACCCAUAUGUUACCUUUGUUUUGAAAUGAGUUUAAUAAUGUCAAAUUUGUAUUUUAGCGAGUAUUUAAACACUUUUAACUUCGUAAGAUAUUUUCUUGAAGUAACAUGGCGGAAAAACUGUGAUUAACAAACCGUGGUGGUUAGCCUGGCUAUUGUUCAGACUGGAUUAUAUUGGAACAUGGGCAUUGUGUAGCAUUAUGUGUAUAUGGUUUGUUACACAUCUAUGAACUGAAUUGAAAAGAUUCCAGUUGGACUUUCUUUAUCAAAGUCGACGGAAAAUCACGGAUACUGAACGAUAAUCAGUGGGAUAUGUCGUGGUAAUGAUCGGUAUUAUUUUGACGUUUGUAUUGAUAGUUUAAUUCUGUAAUGGACAGAAUUCUGUACGAAUUACUGAUACCACACCGUAUUUGAUACCACCGUAAAUCAGGUGGUUGUGAGGAUUCCUCAGUAGCAUGGACAAUAUAUAGCUUCAAAAACCGUUAUCACCCAAUCGAGAUAAAUAAACGGGAUCCAGCGGAUACCUAGGACUUAAAACUGAAGUCGAAAGAUUUGUUCCGGAAAGUGAGGUGAUCUGUUGGAUUUAUCUGAUAUUAGUAGCGCUGAAAUAACGGUGAAAAGCUUGGUUUGUACUCUCCAACAUGUCAGGAAGUCUGGGUUCAAGAUUUGCGAGCUCACCAGGUGAAAGUCAAUUACAGAAAACCUGGGGACGUGGAUCGAUGCCGUACGAGAUGACACCAGGAAGGAUGUGCGUACAGAUUCUGCAAAUACGAUUUAAUUAAAAGAUAAAAUCACUUGAGUAUUGAUUUGUCCCUAUGAAUCGAUACCAAUUUAUCAAAUAUUACGGCAAAUAAUGCAACAUCGCUAUCAGUUUUCCAGCCAAUCCACUUCAGCCGUUUUUUUUAUGUUUCCUGAGCUAUCGUUGGUCGUAUUUGCACAGAACGUUGUAGAGAGCCAAUAAGUCUCCGACAUGAAGCGGUAAAAGUGUUUGUCCCACAUCCGAUGUCGAACAAUGGGGAGCUAACACGGCCGUCUUAUCUCGAAUCAAUACACUGCGCGAGAACAAGGUACUUUACUUAGCCAAAGUAUUUACAAACUUAUCAAACACUUGUUGGAAAGUGCAAUUUUUGUAGAUUUAAACUAUUCCAAGACUCUGGUACGCUGACAGAUAUUGAGAUAUUUAAAUGAGGUUGGAUUCGCUAUUUUUUCCAGAGGUCAUUGAAGACAGUGAAAGGAUUUUUAUCACGAAUGCUGUAAUUUCGAAUUCUUUUAAAGAACGUUCACUUUUCAAAGUGAUUACCAUGUUAUUAGGUUGCACAUAGGACACCGUCCCACAAAGUGAGGAGUAACCUAACAUUUCGGACAGAUAACCACUUAUCCUCUAUUUGAUAUAGACUCCAGUGAAGGCAGACUUACAAGGUGCGGACUGUAUGUUUAAGAGAUCGAACCAUUAGUAUUGACAGAGAGCUAUGAGUAUGUAUUUAUACCACUGUGAAAUUGGUAUUCGAAUUUGACCUGUGUGACGAGAUGUGAGGUGUCCAGUUAAAGAACAUUUAAUCAGUGUUCAAUCUUUCCCCCCGGAUUGUUUACAUUGUUAAUAGAACGUCAUGGGAUCUAUGUAUAUGUCCGAACACAUCCUUGACCGGAACUUACUGACCACGGCCUACAAGGACUUCUGGUGCUCGACUGACGACACUGAAGGGGCGUGUGAUGGUCCCCUGUCCCCCGGGUCAAGCAGGACUCGCAUACGUAAGCUGGCGGAUAGUGACAUUGUGUGUCUGUCUAACCUGAAGGAGACUGGCUAUACUGUACCUCCGGGAAUGACGAAGAACGACAACAUGGUGACCUCUAGUAGCUUCGCCAAACUCGACAAGACGACAUUACAAGUCCUUGGCUGGUCUUCUGGUGCCCUAGACGCCGAUGCGAACGGGGAGAUGACUGGCGAAGAGGACAAUGAAAAGACUGACAAAGAAAAAGAGAAUCUAUGUACAUUGACUAAGUUGGAGUUCCGGAGACUGAGUGACCAAGUGAGGGACGUCAGCAUGAACCUUAAGAACAAGUUCCGGACAUCCGCUUAUCAGAAACUGUAUCAUCAGCAGCAGCAGAUCCAAAGCAUACAGAACCAGUUAGCGCAGCAACAACAACAGUACGCGGACACAAACACUAAUAUCUAUCGCAGCCAGCUGGCCGCCAGUCUUAGAGCAUUCAAGCCAAAAGACUGGACCCCUCUCAAGUCCUCGGACACCGACACAUCCUUCUUCAGAUGUAAACCAGUCACCUGCCAAGCACCUGAAAGGGAAACUGAACGGAGACAUCCAGUAGAGCUUGCUUUUAUCACCAGGCCAAUACUCUCCAGAGGACCGUCCCCUUCCAGGCUAUGCCGUCCAAGAUCGGUCCCGAACGGUUCAAGCCGACCUCCUAGUGGGUUCCGGCGCUCGGACACUCCUACCGAUGUUCGCCCUGGAAACUUCGACACCCUUACCCCGAACGUGUUAGCUAACUUCAUCAGUGGUAGCUCCUACAAAACCGCCCCUAGAUACGGGGAUCGCGGUCACUUCGAGGAGGAAUCCUUAGACGAUAAGAACAAGAAAUCGACAACAAGUCCUAAGGAUGAUGACGUCAGUACGAGUGGGAUAGACAGUACCCAUUCCGCCGAGGACGACAUUAGUAGUAGUAGUAGCAGCUCUGACGAAGAUAGCGAUUACGAACCAAGUGUGGACGGAAACAGGGACGUUCCCGAUCUUAAUCUCAGACCAGAAAAGCUGGAUUCCUUUGUUAUCCCAGAUUCCGCUAAAGGUUGGCGAAAAUUUGACUUUGAUGUUGACGAAAAUGAUAUUCCGCCAUAUGAAUUUGAGGAAGUGUUACCAGAAUCGUUUAAAGAUCUUGAUUUUAGACAGAUUGCUAGACUCAAGUGGAGUUGGCGUGAUCAGACGAAAGAGCGACCAAAUGAUACCGUUACAGAAGACAUCAUGGAUCGAAUGGUGGAGCUGGAGAGACUCCAGAUGGAAACGGAGGACUGGGAGCAAAAACGCUCCGUGCAACUACACAAAAAGCGACAACGCAUCAUAAGUGCAAAAGGAGGAGUUAAGGACAAGCGUUGUUGCAAUAGGUGCUUACAGCCAGCGUGCUCUGGUGACUGCCCCGAGAAACUCGUGCAAUCGGAUAUAUGUGAUAUGUGUAGACAGCCGUUUUGUGUAGGCAAUUGUAAAGAUAACAAAUAUGAACAACGCAUGCGUCAAACUCGUAACGUCGACGAUGACAAACCUCCACCGGCCCCUAAAGCAUUGGCGUCGCGGUGCAAGUCGUGUCAGGGCAAACACACUGGCAAACUUAUCAACGCAAAUAAUCUUGUGUUAGGUCGCCCAAAGUCAGGGAACAUCACCUACUCUAGAGGGGCGGCCAGCAUUAAACCGAAGGACAUGAGACAUAUAGGACCCGAUACGCCAAUCAACGCUGAGGUAAUAAGGGAUUUCGAAAAACUGGGUAUGGACCCCUACCAGUCUUCUCGACCGUGCACAGCUCGCGUACAAAGACCGCGCAGUAGGAAUGCUGCACAUCCGGGCAAAAGCUUCUAUUCACAGAGGCGUGACUCAUUAACUGAUGCGGAUAAAAACAUAGCAAAACUAAAUCGUAAGAAAGCCAAGUCAAUAAGAUUGCGCAGACCAAAAACGGCAGCAUAAUCGUCAUUUCCUUCAAUAUAACUCUGAAGCUCUCUGACAAUAGACAUUAAUCUGGAAUCGAAAACAAAGCCGCACAUAAUGCAAAUGAAAUCAGUGAAAGUUCUAUUUUAUUUGUAUGACAUACGUUUUCAUUUGGAUUUUAUAUAUUACAAGGAGGGAUCGGAUACAAAUUUUAGUUCAGCAAAACAUUUAAUGACAUAAUAAUAAACUGAUGUACAAGAUUC